CUGGCAACACUGCGAAUCUUGACUUUACUUACCUUAUUUAAUUUAUUCAAAGUUAUUUCGCAGAAUAUUCAUUUAAGAUGUCUAAGAAGCCAGGAGCCGCUCAGGCUCUGCACAAAGUUAUAAUGGUUGGAAGUGGAGGUGUUGGAAAGUCGGCCCUUACACUGCAAUUCAUGUAUGACGAGUUUGUCCAAGACUACGAGCCCACCAAGGCUGAUUCGUACAGGAAAAAAGUUGUUCUCGAUGGGGAAGAAGUACAAAUAGAUAUCUUAGAUACAGCUGGACAGGAAGAUUAUGCUGCUAUAAGAGAUAAUUAUUUUAGGAGUGGAGAGGGCUUUUUGUGCGUAUUUUCUAUAACAGAGGACGAUAGUUUUCAAGCAACGCAAGAAUUCAGAGAACAAAUUUUGCGAGUAAAGAAUGAUGAAAACAUUCCUUUUUUACUUGUGGGAAACAAAAGUGACUUACAAGAUAAAAGAAAAGUUAGUCUGACAGAAGCACAAGGAAGAUCACAACAGUGGGGUGUCCCAUAUGUAGAAACUAGUGCCAAAACUAGAGAGAACGUUGACAAGGUAUUUUUCGACUUGAUGCGUGAAAUACGAUCACGUAAAAUUGAAGAUAAGUCUGCGAGUAACGGCAGAGGCAAGGACCGAACAAAAAGGAAGAAACGGAAGUGUAUUAUUCUAUAGGUAUUUUUUGACCUUAUGCGCGCCAUUGCUGCUCGCAAAGCUCAAGAAAAUCAAGGAGAGGCAGGGGAAGGUAGGAAAAAAGCAAAGUGCUGCAAUAUUCUUUAACAUAAAUGCAGUGCAGCUUGGUGGCCAAUCAAACGUGUCUACGGAAGGGCACAAAUUAAUUAAUAAAAUCUCGACAAUUAAUCGUAACAAGCGAUACAUGCGAUGACAUUAAUGAAAUAAAAUGCACAUACACGUUUUCAUUGGCAGCUCCUUUCUGCUCGUAGUGACAAAUUACUUUGGCAAUACGUUUCAUCAUUCAUUUCGCCUACAUUGUCACUCUUU